AUGACCUCUCCAAAGCUUAACGACCCUUCACUUAUCAAGAACGCAUGCUACGUCAAUGGUCAAUGGGUAGCUGCAAAGUCUGGCAAGGACUUUUCUGUCGAGAACCCUUCAACCCUUGAACAGCUUGGAACCUGUCCCGAGUUCGACGCAAACGACACCGAAGCCGCCAUCGCCGCCGCUGAUGCCGCAUACAAGACAUACCGUAAGACACCGGCACGCCAACGGGCCCGGUACCUCCGCCGCUGGUAUGACCUCAUGAUGGAAAAUGCGGAAGACAUCGCUCGGCUCAUUACUCUCGAGAACGGAAAGGUCUUGUCAGAUGCCAAAACAGAGGCCGUCUACGCUGCCAAUUUCUUCGAAUGGUUUUCUGAAGAGGCCCCUCGAAUCUAUGGCGAGACUAUCGAGGCCUCGAACCCAUCAUGCCGUCUAUCUACUAUGAAGCAGCCCGUCGGCGUCUGUGGUCUCAUUGCGCCUUGGAACUUCCCCGCUGCCAUGAUUACUCGCAAAGCUGGACCUGCGCUUGCCGCCGGUUGCACUGUUGUUAUCAAAGCUCCUGCCGAGGCUCCUCUGACAGCUCUUGUACUCGCUGAGCUGGCGCAUCGUGCUGGCAUUCCUGCCGGAGUUGUUAAUGUUAUCACCGCGUUGGAUAACACUGCUGAAGUUGGCAAAGUCCUGACGACCCAUCCCAAGGUCAAGAAGGUUUCUUUCACUGGAUCAACAGGCGUUGGUCGACUUCUUAUGAACCAAUCUUCGUCAACCAUCAAGAAGCUGUCUUUUGAGCUUGGUGGAAAUGCUCCUUUCAUCGUUUUUGAGGACGCGGAUUUGGAAAAGGCUGUCAAGGGAAUUAUCGCUUGCAAGUUCCGAAAUUCGGGCCAGACAUGUGUUUGCGCCAACCGCAUUUUUGUGCAUCGCAGUGUUUACGACAAGUUUGUCCAGAUGGUCCUCGACGUGGUCAAGACCUUUGUCGUUGGCGAUGGUCUCGGUGAGAAGACAACCCACGGCCCUCUUAUUCACGGUCGCGCAGUAGCCAAGACUGCUGAACAUGUUGAAGAUGCUAUUUCCAAGGGAGCCAAGCUUAUUCAUGGUGGAGAACGUCUGCCGGAUCUUGGUCCCAACUUCUUUGGCCUCACGAUGUUGACCGAUAUGAAGCCUGGCAUGAAGAUCUGCAGCGAGGAGACCUUUGGCCCAGUGGCAGCUUUCUUUGCAUUUGAUACCGAAGAGGAGGUUAUUGAGCUGGCCAACGACAGUGAAGUUGGUCUCGGAGGCUACUUCUACAGUGAGAAUGUCAACCGGUGUUACAGAGUAGCCGAGGCUUUGGAAGUUGGCAUGGUUGGCGUCAACUGCGGUGUGCUUAGUGAUCCUGCUGCACCUUUCGGCGGCAUCAAGCAGAGUGGAUUCGGAAGAGAAGGAAGCAAGUACGGCAUUGAUGAGUUUACAGUCACCAAGAUGGUCAUGACGAACAUCGAUCCUUAA